GCCGCCCGCCCGGGCUGCGCCGCGUUAAUUUCAUAGCACCGGCGACAUGAGGACCUCAUACCUCCGGACAACUGGGUGAGUCAUAAAUACACGGCGCAGGGCUGAAAGCCGAGACUGUUUACAGCGACUUUGCGGCGGCCUCCGGCGAGUCAACCCGCCGCCCCCCGCGCCGGGGCCGGGCUGCGCGGAGGGGCCCGCGGCGAGUGCGGCCACCGGCGGGGGGAUCCGCGGCGGCGGCGGCACCUGCGCCCGGCGAGGGGCGAGGAGGGCGCGGCCUCCCCACCGGCACCGCCGCUCCGCCUGCCCGGCCGCGGCGGCAGCGCGGGGAGCGGCGGCGGGCGGGACGCGGUGUUGGGUUACCUCGGCCGGGCCCCGCCGCCGCCGCGGGGCCAGCGGGUGCCGCGGGGCUGCGCCGGCGGCCGCGCAGCCCACGGUAUGUCGGGCCGGUGACUUCAGCCGGGAGAUAUUUGGAGGCUCCGCGGGGUCCGGUGCGGGGGGCCAGCGUGUGUUUGGGUCUGAAAGCGAAUCAGCGAAGGGCGCGUCACUGCCAAAGGGCCCUAUAAAUCCAUCUGCGGCGCCGAGUCGCCCUGGCAAAGCCCCCGCGUCCGCGCGUCCGGCUCCGCGCUCCCUCCGCCCGCGGGUGCGGCGCCCCCCGCGCCUCGCCGGCCCCGCGCCCCCCGCCCAGCCCCGCCGGCGCCCGGGGAGCCGGGCGCGCCCAAGCGCAGCCGGGGCAGCCGGAGCGGGCGCUCCCCGGCACCGGCCCGGCCUCCCGCCGCGGUCCCCGCCUGGAUCUAAGCUUUCGCCGCGACGGGACCCCCGAUCUGGAGGAGGAAGCCUCGCUGCUGCUGCUACCGGCUCCACAAAUCCCAGCGCCGGCCUCUGAUUCUCCCAGCAGGCUGAGGGGGGUGCUUUGAAUUUUUCUUUAUUUUUUUUUUUUAAUUUUUACCUCCCCACCUGAGCUGGGGUGGGUUUUUGUCGUGGUGGGGGCUUUUUUGUGGCUUUUUUUUUUUUUUUCCUUCCCGCCGUUGCGUGCGUGUCCGAGCGGUGCGCGGCUCCCCGCGGUGCUGGACCAGCUGGCGUUACAGGAGCCCUGAUGUCUUCAUCUGACUCCCCGCAGUUGUUGAUGGAGUGUCUUUCUCAGAUUUCCAGGCAGGGUCCCAAAAGCAGCACCCAGAGCCAGCUCCCGCUGCCAGGCGGCGCUCCCCGCGGCUCGGGCUGCUCCCGCCGCUGCUGAGCGUGGCUCCGGGGCCGGAGCGGGCAGAGACCCCCGCGGCGCCGCUCCUGCCGCGGCCACCGCACCUGCGCCGGCGGCGGGGGAGGCCGCCGGGGCUUGUGCUGGCGGCUCCCCUCUGCCUCCAUCCAGACUUGCGACCUUGCUCCCCGUCCUCCAUACGCCCCCCCCCGCCCUCGCGCAGAGAGGGUCCCCGCGGUCGGACCCCGACCCGGCCCACAUGCACCGCCCGUCCAGCCGCUCGGCUCCCCGGCGUUAAUGUCCAUCUCGGGUCCGACGAGACCAGCUCAGAGGGGCCCGUGUUGGAAGGAGAUCUAAGAUGAAGUUAUGGGAUGUUGUGGCUGUCUGCGUGGUGCUGCUCAACACGGUCUCCACCUCACCCCUGCCCACCGGUAAGACGCCUCCCAAGGGGCCCCCUUCAGUGGUAGAGGGGCCUGAAGACGAUCUCUCCCCCAUCAGCCUGCUGCCUCCCUAUGCUGUGCACAGUGACUCAAAUAUGCCAGAGGAUUAUCCAGGUCAGUUUGAUGAGGUAGUGGACUUUAUUCAAGCCACCAUUAAAAGACUGAGGAGGUCGCCGGAUAAACAGACUCCAAUUUUUUCUAGGAGGGAGAGAAACCGGCAAAAUGCAGCCACGAACAUAGAGAAUUCCAGCAGAAAGGGAAGGAGGAGUCAAAAGGGCAAAAAUCGAGGAUGUGUCUUAACAGAAAUACAUUUAAACGUGACUGACUUGGAUUUGGGAUACGAAACCAAAGAAGAACUAAUUUUCCGGUAUUGCAGUGGAUCUUGUGAUGCAGCUGAGACCACCUAUGACAAGAUCUUGAAAAACUUAACCCGAAAGAAAAAACUAGUCACUGACAAAGUGAGGCAAGCUUGUUGCAGACCCACAGCCUUUGAUGAUGACCUGUCCUUUUUGGAUGAUAACCUGGUUUACCACAUACUGAAAAAACAUUCCGCAAAAAGGUGUGGAUGCGUCUGACGGCUGCACGCCAGAGGCAGCACCAGUUUUGCAUUCCUGCUAUGAUGCAAAGAGAGGGACCAAGGUUCCCGGGGAAGCGCCUGCUCAAAGCAGGAAAAAGAGGACCAAGAACAUAAAAUAAGGGGUCUUGAGAGCCCCUGGGGGAUAUGAGGUGGCAUUUUAGGAUGAAGGCUUUUGACAUCCUACGGGACAGUAAAUAAAAGCUUGGGUGGAGAUGCAAACAGCUGGAUGGCGUGUGCAGUUUCCCGUUCAACACAGUCCACCAUCAGUGAGACUCAGAUCCAUGAGGAAUGUACUUUAAAACACAACUCUGCCACGCCACACUGUGUUGUAGUUAUACCAUCUCUGCUACGAAGCUUAGCUGCGAAGUAGGUUAGGAGUACCUUACUCAUCCUCUGUGCCAUCAGCUUUACUGAAAGAUACUUUGUGCUAUUGCUCAUUGAAGGGUGAUUCCUAAGCACCUAGGGCAACUUCUGAGCUAUAAUAAGAUUAACUUGUAAGUAAGGGGAUAUUGGGCAAAUAUCAAAAUGCCCGGGCUCAGGUUCUGUAGGGCCAGUAUCAAUACAAAGCUAAACAGUUCCAUUUACUGGUUAAGUUUGGUUAUUUCCAUCUCAUGUUUCUUCAAAAUGAGUGCAGGAUUUUGUUCUUCUGCUACCUAUGAAAACAAGUUGAGUUGUUAAGCACUUCUUCCUAGUAUAGUAAGAGAACUAACAAGCCCAGCCUACAUAAAACCUGUUUCUUUUGGUUUACAAAGAAUUAACGUCACUUGCGUAACUAUGUUUCUAUUUGGUCAUUGUGAGUGAGCAGAGACUACUUGAUGCAAUGCAUCCAUCCAGAGACAUAAAUAUACAGAAGAUAUUUAUUGAGAUUAAGUUAUUGUUAUUUAUUACAGUUCAGUAAUGAGUCUCCUUUCCUUAUUUAUUGAAGUUUCUUUUCAAAGGUGCCAAACUAGAAGGUGCUUGGAAGAUACAGAGAGACAAUGAAGUUGGGAACAACGGUCCAUGCAUUUGAUUGAAAGUGUUAACUUGAAUGCAAAAAAAUCACUUACUUUACCUUUUUCUCUUUGAAACAAAAUCCUGAUUAUGUUCACAAAAUGUAGUACCAAAGCCUGCAGCCCUUCCUCCUGUUCAGUAAUGCUCUUGAAAAUUACUGCAGUCAUACAUUUGCAGGAGCAGCAAUGGCUGUGGAAGAGUGAGGGUUGCAGGACUUGGCUCAGCAUUAGCAAUCUGUUAGAAAAACCAAUUCUAGUCAUAUUUUAAAUGUAGCCACAAUUUUUUUUAUCACUUUUUGCCAACUGACCUCCUAUAACCAUUGACAAAUGGGAAAUAAUCACAUUUAGCCUUAUAAUUUCCUGUUAUACUUAUUUAAGCUUUUCCUUCCAUAUUUCCUUAUAGAAGAGGUUAAGUAUCUCUUACUAGUUAGCCCUGGAUUUAAUAUAACCUACAGGUAAGCAAUUGUGUUCAAAUAACCAAAGUUCUUUGUAUAAGUUGCUGAAACAUUACAGGAUCGCACCUACACAGCAGAACAGUCUCGAUGAGGAUGAGGGAGGUUGUACAGCAAAAGCAUUCACACCUGACUGCUAAUGCAGGCUCUCAUUCUGGAGACUUUUUACCUGAAGGAGCAGCAGGGCAGGUCGCUAGACAUACCUGACAACCAGUGAAGCAUCAACUCCCACAAAAACAACAGGAAGAAAAAGAAAUCCCUACUGAAAACCAAAAAAUGCUGGUCCGACCUUUUAUCUUAUGCUGCAACAGCUCUCCAUAUUCAUUUUGCCCUGGGCCCCUUGGGGCACCACAGAAGAAGGGUCUAGAGGUCAAAAAAGGUCCAGAACAGGCAUAGAAAGAUGUACCAGGUGUAUGAAAUAUAAUUCAGCCCUGACCUCCACUGCUUUCCUGGGUGGACACAGGGCAGCCCCAGAGCCCACCUGCAGGGCUCUCGUUCUUGCACUGCCAUGGGGAUGCCUUACCCUCCGUGCUGGGCAGGGGUGGUACAGCGGAUACCACCACCAGCAUUGGCAUGACUUGGGCAGCAGAAACCUGCUAAGCUGAGGGGCAGCUGCACUGCUGGGCAAUUGAUCAGUGGCAGCGCUCAGAGGUGUGCUUUCACUUACCCCAGCUGCUGAAAACUUGCCCCAAAGCAUUUUCUGUGCAGCUUGAAGGGGCCACAACCAAAGCAAAUCACUACGUUCAAAAUUCAAAAGGGUAAAGUUUGUGAUUUUUUAAUUUUUUUUUUAGACAGGAGUGUGCUUCUCUGGAGUUUUUUACUUCACCUGCGAUUUAUGUCUCAGUCAUUUGUGUUAAUCAACCAAAGUUCUCUACAGACUUUAUUUUUGUACAAUAUUCAUUUUAUAACUUUUUACAAAAUAAAACUCAUUUCU